AUGGAUAUUAAAUGUUUAGAUAUUUUACAUUUUAAUGAUGUAUACAAUAUUGAAGAACAAAAACAAGAACCUGUAGCCGGUGCAGCAAGAUUUACAACAGCACUGAAAGAACAUGGUGCUGGUAAAGGAAGUAUUGUUUUAUUCUCAGGGGAUUGUCUGAGCCCUUCGUAUGUGAGUAAUGCAACUCAAGGACGUCAUAUGCCGCCCAUAAUGAAUAAAAUGUCUAUCCAGUGUUCAUUGUUUGGUAAUCAUGAAUUUGAUUUCGGCUUGGAUGUUUGUCAAGAAUGCGCUGAUGCGUGUAAUUUUCCAUGGAUUAAUAGUAAUAUUUAUGAUGCAGAAACAAAUACUCUGAUUGGUACAGAUUUAUCAUAUAAAAUUAUUAAAAAUAAUGAUUUAAAGAUCGGGAUAAUUGGUUUAGUUGAAAAGGAAUGGGUUGAAACUAUUCCAUGCUUUACUUCUUCUACACUGGAUGUUAAAGAUUUUUGUGAAGUUGGUAGAAAACUUGGCAAAUUUUUAAAAAUACAACAAAAGUGUCAUCUAGUUAUUGCAUUAACGCAUAUGCGUUGGCCAAAUGAUCGUUUGUUAGCAAGCAGCGUUCCAGAAAUUGAUCUUAUUUUCGGUGGACAUGAUCAUGACUAUGCAUAUGAAUGGAUACAAUUGGAUGAAGCGUUACUACUACUACAUGACACUGACGAACCAGCAGAUAACGAUAAAAUAACACUGAAACGUUUAAUUCUAAAAAGUGGUAGUGAUUAUCAAAUGUUCUCACAUUUAAAAGUUAAAUAUGAUAAACAGAAUUGUAAGCUAUUGGAUAUUGAGAUUGAAAAAGUAAUAGUUGACAGUCAUUGGGAGCCAGACGAAGAGGUCCAACAGGUUGUUAAACAGUAUACUGAAAAAUUAGAGAAAAAGUUAGACAGACCACUAGGACGCAUUGAAGUUCAACUGGAUGCAAGGUUCACUUCAAUACGUUCACAUGAAACAAAUAUUGGCAAUCUUAUUUGUGAUAUAGUAUUAACUGCUGUAGACGCUGAUUGCGUAUUAUUCAACUCUGGUUCUUUAAGAGCUGAUCGGAUAAUUCCAGCUGGAAUGUUCACACUACGUGAUUUAUCGAAUAUUUUGCCAAUAUUAGAUAAAUUAGUAGUGAUUGAAAUAACUGGUGAACAAUUGAUAGAAGCAUUAGAAAAUUCUGUAUCAGAAUAUCCAAAAUGUGAAGGACGUUUCCCGAUAAUCGGUGGUAUGCGUUUUGCAUUCAAUCCAUCUAAGCCAAGUGGUGGAAGGAUUCUUACUGAAAGUGUUUCUGUACAAAAUGAACCUAUUAUCAUGGAUAAGAAAUAUCGUCUAUGCAUUAAACAUUAUCUUUAUGCUGGAAAUGAUGGUUUUCAUGUAUUUCCUAAAUGUCCAGUUUGCUAG